AUGCAGUUCACUACCGUUGUCGUCGCGGCUCUUGCUGCUGUCGUUCCUUUCGUCCAGGCCGGUCCUCAGGCCCACCUCAACAACAUGUGUGACUUCGACGUAUACCUCUGGUCCGUCAGCGCCGACGGCUCCUCUGACAUGCACACUCUCAAGGCCAACGGUGGCACGUACAGCGAGGACUAUCAGGUCCCGAGCCAGGGCGGCGUCUCGCUCAAGCUUUCCAACAAGACCCAGUUGGGCGCGGCCGCUGGAAUCACCCAGUUCGAGUAUACCUUGACCGACUGGAUCUGGUACGACAUCUCCAACGUCGACUGCCAGACCACCGACUGCCCCUUCCAGCCGUAUGGCCUGUACAUGGAGUCUGGCAAGGGCUGCCCUACCGCCACCUGCCACGCUGGCGAUUUGACCUGCAAGGAAGCAUACACGCUCUACAACGACGACUGGGCCACCAAAGCCUGCACCACCGACCAGGACAUCACGCUCCACCUCUGCUCCGAGUCGGCGCCCGAGAAGCGCGAGGUCUUUGGCGUUCCGUCUAAGCGCUGGGCACAUGGCAAACCCCAUGGCCACCCGCACUGGCGCCACUAG